AAGUUUUCGAGCAAGUGGUUGGAAGCUCAGUGCCAAAGCGAGAGUGUUGUAGUUCUUAGUGUCUUAAGAAAUAGUAUAUUUUUAUUAAUAGGAUAUAAAAUUGCGAGUGUUCAUAUGGUGAUCGAUUUUAUCGUAAAAUGUCAACUAGAUCCCAACUAACAAAAGAUUUAAACGAAAGUGUGAAAGCGUUACUUGGAAAACAUGUCAAGAUACUGCACAAGAACGUCGUUAAGCUGGAGACGAAAGGAGACAAGACAGAAAACAGAGUGCUGGUGUUUUCCCCAUGCCGGUUGUUCCUGCUCACCGCGAAGGUGCCAACCAAGAUUGAAUCACACUUCCAUUACCUAGAAAUACAAGCUGUUGAAAGCAAGAAAUCAAAUCAGUUGUGCCUCACUGUUGGUGAUAAGCAGUACUCCUUUUUGACUGCUGAUGAUUCAGCCAGCCAUGAUGUUGACUCCAUGAUAAAAGCGCUGACAACAGCCAUCAGAAAUAUAUUUCCUACAGUUCCUUUACAGCAUAUUAUCAGGAGGAUAGAAGUGGUGCCAGAGUCACGAAACCAGUACCUGCAAGAUAGUCCCAGUGAUGGGCGUGCCACGGCUGUUGGUCCAUGUGGUGGCUUCUCCACACAGUAUGCUUGCAUGUGUGAUUACCACAAUAUGCCUUAUCGGGAGGAGGUGUCCUGGGACGUGGACACAAUAUACCUCUCUCAUGACACACGAGAACUAUGUCUGAGGGACUUCGACCACCUAGAUCCAAAGGACAUAGUGCCUAUAAUCAGCGCCCUAGAGUACAAUACAUGGUUCACAAAACUGAAAGCCAGCAAUAUGAAGCUGACCCAUGAGGCCUUGGAUCGGUUAUUGCACAUAUUGAAGAAGACUCUUAGCCUUGAGGAACUUUAUCUGGAUAACCUCGGUGUUAAAUGGGAUUUUGCUCACAAACUGUCACUGGCGUUAAUAGCCAACAGCAACUCUCCUCUUCAUACUUUAGACUUGUCUAACAAUCUGAUAGAGGAUAAAGGUGCCUCUAGUUUGUGUGGAAUUAUUGCCAAAAUUAUGCAAGGUGUUAAUCAGCUGAGUAGCCCACUUGGGAAACUUCCAAAAGGCUUGGUUCAUCUAAACCUUUCUCACUGUGGUUUGUCCUCAAAGGGUGUAAACCAGCUCGCACAUGCACUGUCGGUCAAUAAGCUGGUCCCAAGCACAUUAAGCUACCUCAACCUCAGUGGGAACAAUCUCAAGGAGGAAAUAAAUAACCUUUGUAACUUCCUUGCACAGCCAAACAGUUUGACACACUUAGAUCUUUCUGGAACUGAUACGGUACUAGAGUCGAUAUUUGGAGCUCUCUUGAGAGGAUGUGCAACUAACUUGGUACAUUUAAAUGUUUCCCGCAACAUGUUCAGCACAAAGAAGACCAAAGAAGUUCCACCAUCAUUCAAACAGUUCUUCACAAGUACACUGAGCCUCAAAUCUCUCAAUAUGUCAUUUUGCAAACUGCCUCUGGAAGCUCUGAAGAACCUAUUGCUUGGACUGGCAUGCAAUGAGUCUACAGUUGACCUGGAACUCGAUCUGAGCUGCAACAACCUGGGUGCCCAAGGCGCCCACGUGUUAGAAUCUUGCGUGCACGGUAUCCGCUGCAUCUCGAGUUUGGACAUCAGUGAAAACAAUAUGGAUGCAGACUUAGCUUCUGUGGUGACUGCAAUUAGCAAAAAUAAAUCAAUCAAGCACUUGAGCAUGGGCAGGAACCUCAAUAACAUGAAAGCUAAAUAUAUUGCCUCUGUUAUGGAUGCUGUUGUGCAGAUGAUACAGGAAGAAGACUGUGUUCUUCAGUCAUUAUGCAUACCAGAUUCCAAACUGAAGUCGGAUCUCUACAAUUUGAUUAAUGCAUUGGGGAGUAAUCAGUGCUUGCAGAUGAUAGACAUCAGUGGAAACAUGAUGGGGGACAAUGGGGCCAGGCUCCUUGCAAAAGCACUGCAGAUCAACUCGAAAUUGCGAACAAUAAUUUAUGAUCGCAACAAUAUAACAUUGCAAGGUUAUUCGGACAUAGCCUAUGCAUUGGAGAGUAAUUACACUGUACGCUACAUGCCUUUUCCAAUUUAUGACAUUGUCCCCUGUAUGAAGACUUCUGCAGAAAGAACAGAUGCCGUUAUGAAGAAAAUCCAAGAUAUCCUGCACAGAAAUGUCACACCAAAAAUAUACAGUAAUGGCCAGGCCUUCAGAUUGCAGCAGGGAUUCCUAUUGAGCUCCACACAGCAAAUGGUGGAUCGACUAGUAGUACAGACACAGAAUAAGAUACGUACUCUUGCUCAGGAAUCAACAGAGAAUAACAAUGAUAUUAAUCAAGCAACAGGGCUCAUAAAGGAUGCUGAUAACUCCAAACAGCUUCUGACAAGACUACAAGAAGCUGUGCAGUGCAAAGAAGAAGCCGGAAACCCGAUUGAUGUAAAGCUGCGUGAAGUCUCGGAUGAACUGCAUGCGGUCAUUGUUGAGUACCUGCAGAAUUCUUUGGAGAGCAUGAUGAAAUGUGCACAAGAACAGUGCCCACAUGUUCUGUCUGAUGAACAUGUACGUGCAGAAAUUCUGAAAUUGUGCAGAGAAAAAAAUCGUCUUUCUUCAGAUUUUGUGCACUCUUGUGUUGUUGAGCGUGCUGGCACAGAAAUUGUUAACAGAAUCAAUGAAUUGAAUUUGGCUGUGGCUGCCCGUGUGUCAGACCGCAUUACAGAUGAAGUCAUAGAAUCACUGUCGAGGAGUUACAAAGCACUGGUUGGUGAUACAAAUGAAAAGCGUUCCUCAACACCGGAUGUAUUGAGAACCAGGUCUCGUGUGAGUUCUGGCUCGUCACGCAAUGAUCCCAGUGACACCUUCUCCACAGCUGACACCAUUAGCCAACGUUCGGACCAGUCACCAAUGAAAUUGGAGUAUUUAAACCUCGCCACUCCACAUCUCUCUACAAAACGAAAAAGUCUCCAUGGUCGUAAACUGAGACCAAAAUCUGUUGUAGACAGUAUAGAGGGUCUUUCAGCUGAUGACAUUCCAGAUUUGCUUCCACCACUGCCCUGCUCAGAAAGAGAAUCACCCGACUGUGGCCCAUUACGGCUAAGACAUCUCGUGAAGGGACGCCCACGUCGUGCAAAAACACGCGCUCCAACGAGGCCGGUUCUACGUCCUUCAGAGUUAACAGAUGUCGACGGUUUGGGUCUUUCUGAAGGUCUCGACACUUUCUUUCGACCUGGAUCGACAACACCUCUUGUCUCUCCAGUUUCUGAUGACAGUUCACACACGUUUCCAUCAGAUGUCAGCCCUAACCACACACCACUAAUAAAAGAUGAACUAAAUUACCAAGAAAACAAAACAAUGUCAUCUGAAAUUGUUAGAAAUGUGAGAAUCACCCCAGAGAUGAGCAGAAGCUUUACAGAAGAAGACUCCAGAAGUGAAACACGAUUGGGGAGAAGCUCACCGUUACCAAAAGCAAUUUCUGGGCUUCUGGAGCCUGUCUCAUCACAGCUGGCAGCUGGAGCUGCGAUGCAGUCACAGUCGACUGACAGCCUGGAGCGUCGGUCGCCACUGACUGGGCGACGGUCUCAGGGUGAUUCUCCACUUACGGCUUCCCCUCUGGCUCUCUCCCGAAGGCUGGCACAGUCAUCAAAUGCUGAACAAAUAUGUGGAGGACAGUGUGUAAGGGAGGAAAGUGAUGGCACUGUACAAGAUGGGCUGGAGAGUCGUUCCGGGAUUGGUGGACCCUAUAGAUCUAGAGCUGGCACAGGACCUGAAGUCAGGAAAAGAACAUCUAGCAAGCAGGAUGUGGAUGCCGAAAAACCACCCUCUCCCAUUGUGGCACCUGGUGUGAAACUGCGUUCCACAGGACUUGUGGAAUCACUGCGUUCUCCUACUGAAAGUUUUCCAAAGGGAACCACAGCUGACGGUCCGAAGUCACCAGUUCUUAAGUCGACAACAAAAGACGCUUCCCUAAGGACAAAUGACAGUACAACCUGCUGUGGUGGCAAACAGUGCAACAGCCGACAGAAACCACCUCCCCCCAUUGCACCGAAGCCAAGACCAUGGUCUGUUGUCGGAGGGGAUCGGAAGUCAGGGGAGUUUUCGUUGCUGAGUGAUGGUUCCAGUACGAAUACCUCUGCUGCCAAUACCCCUGACUUGGAUUCAGGAGAUACGCUGGAUGAAUCUACAGACUCUGGAGUCGCAAGUUUGGGAUCUGGAGGAGGUUGCAGUGCUGGAACCACAGUGCCUGAGAAACGAUCAGUGAGGGAGCUAGCUGCCAGCUUAGAUAAACAAGGUUCGGGUGGCAGGACUGGCUCCUCACACAGUACAGAAUCAGAAAAUGUAUCUGUCAGCUGCACGGCUGGCUCUGAAGCCCCUCUCCGCUCUCGCAACUUCAUGCAUUUGACUCGGAGAAGUGAUGGACCAUCCUCCACUGAAACAAAGGAAGUUCUGGAGAGCUCGGUUGAAGAUAAUGGGAUACUUGAAAGGAAGAUAGAAAUUGUUACCUCAAGGAAGAAGAGACAAAGCUAUGUGCUGAACUCCCAGUAUGCAUUUGACGAAGAUGUAAUAGAUGUCUGACAGCAUUUACAACUUCAAAACAUUAUUUUUUAUUUUGUGUACUGAGUUACAUUGAACAUCAUUCCUCUUCCCCCACUCUCUCUGGCAUAUGCCAGAUGACUGAUGUAAAAAUGUUUUACCUUAUUCACUGACUUGUUAUAGUUAAAAAGAAUUUUAUUAUCAGUAUAGUGAAAGUAUUUUAUAUGCAGUAAACUGUGUGCUUUUUGGCAUUCAUACUGCCAGAUCUUUUGUGUGCGCUUGUGUGUGUGUGUGUGUGUGUGUGUGUGUGUGUGUGUGUGUGUGUGUGUGUGUGUUUCCACAGAUGUACUACACAUUGUCAUAACAAUAUCUGCAGAGCUGAAAUAAUAUUUGUUUUAAAUCAGAAAUUUUUUCUGGGAUAUUUAUUAGAAUUUUAUUUUUCAUGGUUAAUGGGUUUUGUAAAUUAUGAUUAAAAGCCCAUAGUGAGUGUUACAAUGGAAUGUUUAUAUCACAACAGUUCUAAUUUGACUCUGCACUCAUGGUUAAGUUAUGAAACAGUUCUUUUACAAUGACAUCUAAGAUGUAGUACAGAAUUACAUCCCUCUUCUUACAAAUUCAGUUUCAUUAUUGUUAUAUUCUGUUUUACAAUGUGAAAUGACACUGUAUUUCACUUUUGUUGUUUAAUGCUCUCAGUUAAUAUUUCCCACCAUGUCGUACUUGCUCUCAGAAUUUGAGUGGUGCUUGAAUUCACAGUUCUAUUAUGGCAAACCUGUUCCUGUGGUGUUUUCACUCUUUCUUCUAUUCUUGUAAGAGGCUGCUCUGCUAAUUUUGGAUCAACUUCAGAGGAACUAGCUUUUCUCCAAGUAUCUCCUUUCACAGAGAUUUUAUAUGUGGUUGCUAAGUACACCUACUGAACCACUGGGAGGUAAAUUUCUCCAUUACUUUUGGCAUGCUUUCUUCCUAAUAAUUGAGAUAAACAGUCCUAAAAAUAUUAUUUUCUUAUGUUAUUAUUAUUAUUAUUAUUAUUAUUAUUAUUUAGUAACAAGAUUCUGUUUUGUAUUAAGUAUUACUUUUGAAACCUAUGCAAGGUUCUUUUUAAGUGUUAGAAGUUGGUGAGUGUUCAUGAUAAGAGUAAAUUCCCAAGCUCAUAAUUCAUUAAGUUCGUUGAGUGCAGCUGAUCAUCGUCAAAUGUGUGUUCCUAUUUCCCACUUUAUUUUCAUUCCAGCAGUCUGUCUUUUCCAGCACUCUAACUGCACGAUUGCGUAAUUUCCAGUAUUGAUAAAGCGUUGUACAAACCACAGUCAAAAUGAUAGAAAAUAUUCAUCACACAACAUAUUUAUGAUAUUGUUAUCAUAAAUUGAAGGUUGUCGAAGAUAACCGUUUAUUCAUUUUAUCUUCAGCCAUGAACCCAAUUCCUGUAAAAAAAAAAAAAAGAAAAAAAAAGGUGCAUACAGAUUAGCAUGCUAUUGCGGAUAAUUAUUUGCUCUUUUGUCAGAAAUAUCAUUAGAGUCACUAAUUGUGUAGUUAAGCUAAGUGUUAAAUGAUGAUGCAAUUAUUGUCACUUUCAUCUUCUGAUUGAGAAUGACAAAGAUCACUCAGUAAAUAAUGAGUAUGCGUUGGUAGUGUUUUAUUCCUGGUCAUACACUUCAAUUGUAAUACUGUUUCAUAUCAGUAAUCACGUAGGCUUUUGUUGUUAUCAUAACUGCUUCUAAAUCAAUGAAAAUGUGAAACCUUUAAGCUGGCAGAGCUGCUGUAGCAAGUUAGAUGUGCUAUAGUGUCUCAAAAGAUUCUUUCAUUUUUUAACUUCUAGAGGAAAAUACCUGUGCAGUGAACAGUGAAAUUUCAUUUACUCUUAUGCAGAAAUUUCAUUUACAUUGACUUGGACGAUCCUUCUACAUCUGGUGAACAUUAUACUUCCACGAGGUACAUAUUUCUCAUUACAUACACUAAUUAUUUUACACUAAUUAAUUUAUUUUUUUACUUCAGUUAUUACAAUACAGCUACAUAAACUCACUAUUUGACAGAUUUUUUUGCCUGUUGGGUUACCAUUGUAUUAUCUUACACUCUUUCAAGCAACAAAUUAAAGGCUAUCUACUCAAAUGCAUCCUUGGAUAUCUCUGUUUUUUAUGUCGUUGAACUUUCGAAUGACUGGAGCUUGGUGGUUUGUAUCGACAAACUACUUCCAAGCUGAUUUCCGCAUCACACUGGAACCAUUUUGAAGUGCUGUAAUGUAUAAUAUAAUCUACUUGUGUUUUCAGUAUUUAUUUUGCUAUACCUUAAUUUAGUAGCUUUGUAGUUUGCUUCCUUGCGCUUAUGGGGAGGAGAAGAUGGAGAAAAUCUUUAUUGCAGUUGUAUCUUCAUUCAUAUCUGGUCCAUUUUUAUUUGUGCUCUUGAGUGGAGUUCACAUAGUAAACUGUUAUUUUUAUGAAAACCUCCUAUUACCCAAAAUAAACUUCACUAGAAAGCAAGUAAAGUUUCAUUUUGCUAAAGAUUGUGAAAUCCUCUUUAUGAAGUGUGCACAAAAUUUGUGUUUUUGCUGGCAGUAUAUUCGCUGUGCCAUUUCAUGUCUGAUCUUGCACUGCUGCAAAUAGUAUUUGAAUGUUGUCAGUAAUACCUCUACUUUGAUGAACAAUCUGGUCAGUGUUUAUUGAAAUUUUUGCUGUUGUUGUUCGUACCAAAAUUGUUGUUAGAGUAUAAAAUCAUCAGACUUCUUCUUUACAUUGUUGGAUUGCGUAUUGUGUGACCAUGCCCAUUUCAAUGCAAAAUUGUGCAAACAUCACAGUAACAGGUUUCAGGAAUCUGUGUAGAUAAUCAACGAAAGUUUUGCUUACAAAAUUUUUACAAAUUGUUUCAUUUGACCCACCCUCAAGUGGUAUUAAUUACUGAACUCACUCACUGUUUUAAGUGAUUUGUGUAGUAGAUUUGUUCUGUUCUAGCAAUAUAGUUUGAGGAAAGAAUUAACAAAACUAUUUCCUGUUGUAUUCUGAUCCACUUGUAUUCCAUGGAGACUGUAACAAAAUGAAUUAGAAUGUACAGAUAAACAGUAAUCAUUAGUGUUUAAUUUUAUAUUCAUUAGUUAUAAGUGAACAGUCUGAAGUGAUGGGGAUUAUGAAAGUUCUAUAGAGCGAGUGAUAGAUAAAAGUUUUGUAGAGUGAGUGAUAGAUAAUACCUGCUUCCAUGCACUAGAAAUUUGAACUCUUCCACCACUGUGAUUUAAUUGCAGUAUUGUCUUUGAAUAUAUAUAUAUAUAGGUGUGCGUGUGUGUGUGUGUGUGUGUGUGUGUGUGUGUGUGUGUGUGUGUGUGUGUGUUACAGGAAUCAGCAUUCCUUAAGUUUUUUGACUUGGGCAGAUCAAUGAGGAGAAGUUAAUAUGGUGAGCCAUCUAAAAUAAAAAGGCAGUAACAUUUGAAAUGUUGGGAUGGUUUGCAUCACAGAGCCUUUUCUUUUUAAAAAAAAAAGACAUUAAAUGGCAAUCAUAAAUUCUCAUGAGGAUAUAAUGUACAGGGGUCAUUAGAUGAUUGCUUUGCUUACAUAUUAUUAAGCACAAUCCUACCUUUGAUUUUACUUGUCAUUCAUCAGAGCUUUUCAUGUAACACAAUACUACAGUACUGUAGAAUUGAUAAAAGGUGCACUCUAGACUCCACAUGAACUCAUCAGAAAUUGUAAUUCUGCAGUAAAGACAUUGCCUACAUGUUUGUGUUCUGUUUCCCCUCCCCUUUGUAAAAGGGAAAGAAUUAACAUACGCAGUUAAGCUUAUGAUGUCUGGGAUAUGUGGAAUGAAUAUUUAAUGGACAGCAUUUUUUGAAAAUUUCAUUAUCUAAAUCAUUAUCUGAUUGCAGACACUUUAAUAAAAAUUAUAUUUUAAGUGAGGACUUAUAUGGAUCCCAACUUGGGUUUGUGCUGUACACUAAUACAUUCGGAUGAUGCCUAAGUAAUCGUUUAAAAUUCAGAUUCUUUUGAAGGUUUUUUUCCCCUGAUGAUCAGUGUAUUCUUAAUGCAGUACCAUAGCAGAGCAGCACUCAGUAUACCUAAGCAUGUUGUGAGAACAAUUGGAAGCAGUUGAUGUACUACCUAGCUUGUACAAUUUUGCACCAUCACAUAUCAAAAGAACGUACAGAUGCGUCUUUUGGCAACUGUGGUACUGGGUCAGCCCAUAUUAAAUCAACCAAGGAUUUAGCCCUCAUAGGUUAGAUAUUUAUUGUUUAUUUUCUGUACCAAUAGAACAAACAAAAAUUCAUACUGCUUUGAUGCAAAGACCAUUUGUUUUUCAAAAUUGAAGAAAUGAAAACUGCUCAUUGUUCUGAGAGUGCAUUGGAAUAAAAAUGUCUGUAACCUCAAAGCUAUUGAUGCUAGGAAGUUGUGGCUGAUGUCAUUGUAAAUUUCCUGGUUUUAAACUUUGAGAUGUAACACAAUAAAUAAACUUUAAUUUGGUAUGUAACACAAUAGAUACUUAAAAAAUUUACGUCAUUAUACAAAAAUUACAUUAAAAAAAUUACAUUUAUCCAACAUUUGUGGAGACUACACUCUCUCUUGCGGAUGUUAUCUACAUUCGUAUCUGUACCUCUAAGUGGAAAAACUAGUUGUAUAGUAAAAUAAAGGUACUACAACAAAUUCAUACUUUUUGACUGAAUUGAUGACAAAAAUCAGUCUGUUACCAUACUAUUUAUAAAAUUAAUUUUCAUUUAAACCAUACUUUUCUGAAAAAAAAAUUAUCAUGAGUAUGUUUUACAUUAUAAAAAACCAAAAUUUUUGAAUAUUUGCAUGAUGAAGUUAAUUUCACAGUAGUGUUGUGUUGCAUAUCAAAUCAAAGCAUUGGUCAUCAGCUUUAAAAUGACAGUACUGUCAGAUCAAUAGAGUCGAUGGUUUUGGAGUUAUUUUUCAUUUUAUCCGUCAAAAAAAUUUGUGAAAUCAGAAAUUUUAAUAUUUUGAAUUAUCAACAACAAAUAACUGGCUUGUCAAGAGCUCUUAGAAUUUGUGGUACUUGAUAAUUGCACAGGUGCUGCCAAAUAUUAUAAGUCAGAGAAAUCUGGAAUAUCCAGAUCCAAGCGUUAACCAGAAUUGGUUGAUUUGACCUUAUCAUGUUUCUGUAAAAUAUUUAAUGAAUCUACAAAGAAUUUCAGAUAGUUAAGCAGUGUUCUGUGAGCAACUAGACCACGCACCAUUUUUAGCCUUGAUAUUUCUAGUGGCUGACCAUAUUGUGUUAAAAAAACAUGUGAUGACUGUAUUAUCAGCUGUCACUACAAAAGCUUUCUCUAAAAAAACCUGUGUAUUCUGACCCAUGUAUGAAUGGUCCUCAUAUUUAAUUUAUAAAGCCAUAUGAUUAUUUGUAUUAAUGUAUUGAUACGUUAAAUAUUCAGUUUUCAAUUUUGAUUAUCUAGUUUAUAACGUGUGAUACUUUUGAAUCAGUAUUUAUACUAAUGUUUUUUAUUAGAAUUUUUAUCUGUUAACUGCUAUUAUUAAUAAACUUAAUAAUGUUAUUACUUUUUCUCUGUUUAAAUUUUCGAAAAGGUUUUUUUCCGUUGUAUUGUUAUUUUUUUCUUUUCGUUGUAGCAAUGUUUUAAACUGAGAUAUCAAUUCCAGUAUUUUAGUUUCGAAGUAGAUCCAGAUAUUGUUAAUCACUUACACCUAUUAUAUUUGCAAAAUAACACACAGGAAACUUACAAAUUUAGUACAAGGUCUCACCAUUGUGAUUGCAGGAUGUUCUUCUGUGAUUAAUAUGCUAAACUCUCAUGAGGAAAAUAUUUUAAUAUUUUAUUGUGUUUCAGUUAAUUGUUUAAUUAAAAUAUACUCCUACCUGGAGCUUCCAUUGUUUUAAUUAAAACAUUUGAUGAUUUCAAUUGUAAAAUGACAGUGAUACUGGAAUAUGUUCUGUGUGGAAUGGAUAUUGAUUUUAUACAACUGAAUUGUAGCUGCUUAGUGCAUCAGAUUUCUGAAAAGUUGUCUUUAUGCGUUUUCUCAUUUGGUGGACAUCUAUUUGAGAGAAAUGAGAGAAAAGACUACAAAAACUGUGUAACACAGACAAAUGUGUAAGUAUUAGCAGUUUGCCAAGGUUCUCAGUGAUUUGAAAUUUCUUUAAUGAAAUUUUGUAUUUAAUUUGAGACAAAUUGUGAGUUUUACAGGCUAGUCUGUGACAACAUAGAUUAGAUAGUGUGAAGGACUGUGUAUUGUUGAAUAUUUGACACGAUGUAUAAUUACUGAAUGUACAUAUGCUGACAUAUAUGUUGUAGUCACAAAACAGAACAGCUUUUAGUUCACCUAAUUAUACCUACAAGAGUCUUUAAUUUCAAUUGUAGUUACGUUUCAAAAAUUCACAUGUGUAUAAUCCAGUCAUUUACAACAUUCCUGUAAAAACUGCCUACUCUUCUUUGCCUUCAAUCUAAGUACAGAGGUGAGAUAAUAAAAGGACUGUUUUAAAGUA